AUGACGAAGCUGGGGGUUCAGAAGCUGCGGCUGGCUGACGAGAAGAUACUCGAGGCCACGCUCAACGUCUUGCCGGGCUGUGUUACCCCCCUGGCUAUGCUCAACGAUGAAAAGAAGGAAGUGACAUUUCUGCUGGACGCGAAGCUGAAGGACGGAGAGGAGCCGGUGCUGGUGCACCCGCUGCACAACUUUGAGUCUAUUGCCCUCGCACCCAGGGACCUCGUCUCCUUUCUUAUAGCAAAAGGAGUAGCCAUACAGUUCGUUGACUGUCAAGGCCCUUUCCGAGGCUUCGCCUGA